AAACACCCUGUCAAAGGCAACACAGGAAGCAAUGUCUACCAAAACCCAAAGAGGCGAAGAAGGAAGAAGAAGCAAUCAAAACUUGUUGAGUGUGGGCCAUCACCAUCAUCAUCACCGUUGCGAAUAGUCAAUUACAGAACAAUCCAAUUCAAAAACGCUACCCACAACCUUUCGGUCUUCUUGCUCUUCUUCUCUCAACUUCUGUUUGAGGAUUCUGCCUGAACAAAACAUAGCACAAGGAGCAGAAAAUGAGAAUGGCAAUGCAGGGUGUUGAUCCACUCAGUGAAAAAGCAGCCAUGAUGAAAGAGUCGCUCCAGAAGAGCCAGACUAUCACAGACAAGGUGGUUACCAUUCUGGGUUCCUUUGACCACCGUCUCUCCGCCCUUGAAACCGCCAUGCGCCCAACCCAGAUUAGAACGCAUUCUAUCCGGAAAGCUCAUGAAAAUAUUGAUAGGACCUUGAAGGCUGCAGAAGUGAUAUUGGCUCACUUCGAUCAAUAUCGGCAGGCGGAGACAAAAAUACUUAAAGGGCCACAUGAAAACUUGGAGAACUAUCUUGAAGCAAUUGAAAGACUGAGAAGCAACAUUCAGUUUUUUGGUAGUAAAAAGGGCUUUAAGAGUAGUGAUGGUGUUGUCAACCAUGCCAAUACUUUGCUAGCUAAAGCUAUUUCUAAACUAGAAGAUGAGUUUAAGCAGCUAUUAUCAUCUUACAGCAAACCUGUGGAGCCUGAACGCCUCUUUGAUUGCCUUCCAAACUCAAUGCGACCUUCCUCUUUAUCACCAGGGCGUGAGGGUGAUUCUAAUGGCAAGAAUCCCUCUUCAAAUAAUCCAUCUGACCCACUAAACAAUGAUACUGAAUCUGUUGUCUAUACACCUCCUGCUCUUAUACCGCCAAGGAUUUUGCCUCUGUUACAUGAUUUAGCCCUGCAAAUGGUACAAGCUGGGAACCAACAGCAGUUGCUCAAAAUAUACAGGGAAACCCGUUCUACUGUUCUGGAAGAAAGCCUUCAUAAACUGGGAGUUGAGAAACUCAGCAAAGAUGAUGUUCAAAAGCUACAAUGGGAGAUCUUGGAGGCCAAAAUUGGAAACUGGAUUCAUUUCAUGCGUAUUGCUGUCAAAUUGUUGUUUGCUGGUGAGCGGAAAGUUUGUGAUCAAAUUUUUGAAGGCUUUGAUUCACUUAGUGAUCAAUGCUUUGCUGAAGUGACAACAAGCAGUGUCUCUAUGCUACUUAGCUUUGGAGAAGCAAUUGCCAGAAGCAAGAGAUCACCAGAAAAAUUAUUUGUGCUUUUGGACAUGUAUGAAAUAAUGCAAGAGCUGAAUUCAGAGAUCCAUACGCUCUUCAAAGGUAAAGCUUGCACUGAAAUGAAAGAAGCAGCAUUGGGUUUGACAAAACGUCUGGCACAAACAGCACAGGAUACCUUUGGGGAUUUUGAAGAAGCAGUUGAGAAAGAUGCUACAAAAACUGCUGUUUCAGAUGGAACUGUGCAUCCAUUGACAAGCUACGUAAUUAACUAUGUGAAGUUUUUAUUUGACUAUCGGUCUACCUUGAAGCAACUAUUCCAAGAAUUUGAAGGUGGAGAUGCUACGUCACAGCUUGGAUCAGUAACAAUGCGAAUAAUGCAAGCUUUACAAAACAAUUUAGAGGCAAAGUCAAAGCAGUAUAGAGAUCAGGCUUUAACACAUCUAUUUCUCAUGAAUAAUAUUCAUUAUAUUGUCAGAUCAGUACGGAGGUCUGAAGCCAAGGAUUUGUUGGGUGAUGAUUGGGUACAGCGACAUAGGAGAAUUGUGCAGCAGAAUGCGAACUUAUACAAAAGAAUUGCUUGGGCCAAGAUUCUUCAGUGCCUCUCUAUUUCGGGCCUCACCUCAUCUGGUGGGGGUGGCAGCACCGGAGGUGGAGAUGCAGGAAGCAGUAGUGGUGCUUCAAGAGCGAUUGUUAAAGACAGGUUUAAGACGUUCAAUAUUAUGUUUGAGGAGCUUCAUCAGAAACAAUCUCAAUGGGCUGUUCCUGAUACAGAGUUGCGAGAAUCUCUUAGGCUUGCUGUUGCUGAAGUCUUGUUGCCAGCAUAUCGAUCAUUUGUGAAGCGUUUUGGGCCUUUGGUGGAGAAUGGAAAGAAUCCUCAGAAGUACAUAAAAUACACAGCAGAAGAUCUAGAGCGAAUGUUGGGCGAGUUUUUUGAAGGGAAAAGUGUGAAUGAGAUGAGGCGAUAAAGCUGAGCCUGCCCAAUAAUUUGAUAAGGUGGGCCUGUUCAGCUUGUUCUUGAUGAUGUAGUAAAGGUUGAUGCCCUUGUGGGUACAGUCUCGUUUCAGUGGAAGUUCAUAAGGAACCAGGCAAAGAUGCUGAAGAUCAAGUUUUUGUAUGUAGGAAUUGUCACCAAAUACUCAAAUAUCAGUUUGAAUGCCUGUUCUGUAUUGCCUGUA